GAGGUGGAGCCCAGCCCCCACCACAGACCAGGCGCACCUGUGGGCAGCUUCCUGUUUCCAUAGGGCCCAGCACGUGGCACUACUUCCUGUCUGCACCAUCCUCAUCCCAGUAGGGCCCCUGUCACACGUACCUCCCAGGGCUUUUGACACAACUCAUGGUGCACACACACUGGUGUUCACACAGCAGAUAUGUUGGCACGCACCGGCCAGAAGAGCCGACAAACAUCCACGCACCACAUAAACCACUCGGCGUGGACACACACACACUUGGUGGUUGCAUACAUUCACAGGUGUGGGUUGCACGCCCCUCCAGUGUACGCACAGGGAAGUCACACGAAGACCUCCCCCUGCGCUGGUACAUAAGCCCCUUGUGUGCCCCGGUGCCGCAGUCCACCGGACACACCCCACAGCGUGCAGGUGUCUGAUAUACCUCCUGGGCGGACACACAGAAAUGUACGGGGUGCUCUCCUCACGUACACAUUCCACCACCAAGCUCACUCCCAGGUGCCUGGCGUUCCCUGAGCAGUCACACCACUCAAGGGACUCUUGUCCCCUGCAAUGCUGGGAAGUGAGCUCGAAGCCUCUGCUUGAUGAGCGUGGGAAGUGGCCGUUUAGCAGGUGGACUGCCCUACCUGCCUGGGCAGCACUGGGACUGCUGGGGGCUCCUGGGUGUGUCAUGAUGGGUUUGGUGGCUGCUGGCUGAGAGGUGGGGUGCCAGUCAGGGGGUGACCACUCAGUGUCUGUCUCUGGGUCCUUCUUCCCAUCUCCAGCCCCUGAUCAGGGUGUGUAAAUGGUGGGGGACUGGGAUGUAUGCAGACUCCAGGUCCCUGGGGUCUCUGGAGCAGCCCUGGCCAUCCACUCACUUCCUCCUCCAGCUGUGGGCUGCUGUGACUACCCUCGAGAGGGGGAGGUAGCUGGAGGCUUAGCAGUGGCUGGGCCCCCACCCCCCAGGAAACUCAAAACCCUGGGCCAGCCGCGGGUGGCGGGUUAGGGCAGGCACAAAGAGGGCCUCUGUGUGGCCCGGCUGGGCUGCCCACAGGAUUCUGGGGGAGGAGGCAGGAGCCAGUUUCCGUCCCGUUCUGCUUCCUGCGGAGGCCGCCGGAAUGCCCGGAGCUCUGGCCCAGCCUGGCCCGUCCAGCCCACCCGCAGCCCCUUCCCUUGGCUUUUCCUGGGCUUUGGGGUACAGCUGCAGACUUCUCUGCAGCAGGGCCCUGAUAUGAUUUGCCCAGAGCCUGAGAGCCACCCCCAGGACCCGUGGGAAACCUAGGGGUUCCCCCAGGCUGAGCGCUGAACUGGACCUCAUCCUUCGGCUGAAGCCCUGCCUCCAUGUGCCUCGGAGCCCUUGGCAAGUGUCAGAGAGUCACAGUCCUGGCUUUGACACCUACUGACCUUGUGACCUCGAGCAGAGUGAAGACACUUCCACGCGGACACCUGACCAUGUGCCUGCCCUGAGCAGCGAGGCUCACCAGGCAUCUGUGUCGCGGGCAGCAGAGCCAGGUGCUCAUCCGUGGCCCCCGGCAGUUGGCAGGCUCCCCCGGUGGCGGGACCCGGGCCUUGGCCCCACCAUGUCGAGCCUCGGUGGCGGCUCCCAGGACACCAGCGGCGGCAGCAGCAGCAGCAGCAGCGGCAGCAGCACCAAUGGCAGCAGUGGCAGUGGCAGUGGCCCAAAGGCGGGAGCACCAGACAAGAGCGCAGCGGUGGCUGCCACUGCGCCAGCCUCAGUGGCAGAUGACGCACCACCCCCCGAGCGUCGGAACAAGAGCGGUAUCAUCAGCGAACCUCUCAACAAGAGCCUGCGCCGGUCCCGCCCGCUGUCCCACUACUCCUCCUUCAGCGGCAGCGGCGGCGGCAGCAUGAUGGGCGGGGAGUCUGCUGACAAGGCUGCUGUGGCCACAGCCGCCUCCCUGUUGGCCAACGGGCACGACCUGGCAGCGGCCAUGGCGGUGGACAAAAGCAACCCUACCUCAAAGCACAAAAGUGGUGCUGUGGCCAGCCUGCUGAGCAAGGCCGAGCGGGCCACGGAGCUGGCAGCCGAGGGACAUCUGACGCUGCAGCAGUUUGCGCAGUCCACAGAGAUGCUGAAGCGCGUGGUACAGGAGCACCUGCCGCUGAUGAGCGAGGCCGGCGCCGGCCUGCCCGACAUGGAGGCCGUGGCCGGGGCCGAAGCCCUCAAUGGCCAGUCCGACUUCCCCUACCUGGGCGCUUUCCCCAUCAACCCAGGCCUCUUCAUCAUGACCCCGGCGGGCGUGUUCCUGGCCGAGAGCGCGCUGCACAUGGCCGGCCUGGCCGAGUACCCCAUGCAGGGAGAGCUGGCCUCCGCCAUCAGCUCGGGCAAGAAGAAGCGGAAACGCUGCGGCAUGUGCGCGCCCUGCCGGCGGCGCAUCAACUGCGAGCAGUGCAGCAGUUGUAGGAACCGAAAGACUGGCCAUCAGAUUUGCAAAUUCAGAAAAUGUGAGGAACUCAAAAAGAAGCCUUCUGCUGCUCUGGAGAAGGUGAUGCUUCCGACGGGAGCCGCCUUCCGGUGGUUUCAGUGACGGCGGCGGAAUCCAAAGCUGCCCUCUCCGUGCAAUGUCACUGCUCGCGUGGUCUCCAGCAAGGGAUUCGGGCGAAGACAAACGGAUGCACCCGUCUUUAGAACCAAAAAUAUUCUCUCACAGAUUUCAUUCCUGUUUUUAUAUAUAUAUUUUUUGUUGUCGUUUUAACAUCUCCACGUCCCUAGUAUAAAAAGAAAAAGAAAAAAAAAAUUUAACUGCUUUUUCGGAAGAACAACAACAACAACAACAACAAAAAAAAAGAGGUAAAGACGAAUCUAUAAAGUACCAAGACUUCCUGGGCAAAGAAUGGACAAUCAGUUUCCUUCCUGUGUUGAUGUCGAUGUUGUCUGUGCAGGAGAUGCAGUUUUUGUGUAGAGAAUGUAAAUUUUCUGUAACCUUUUGAAUCUAGUUACUAAUAAGCACUACUGUAAUUUAGCACAGUUUAACUCCACCCUCAUUUAAACUUCCUUUGAUUCUUUCCGACCAUGAAAUAGUGCAUAGUUUGCCUGGAGAACCCACUCACGUUGUAAGGAGAAUGUUGAUGGCGCCGUGUAGGAGCCCCUCCGCGUGCAUCCACGCGUGCAGAGCUGCCGGCGGAGCUCGCAGAGGGGGGAGCGCCCGCCCGGCCCAGGCCGGCCCUGCCGCACCCACAGCCCCCAGGCUGGGAUCCCCCCGCCCCAACGGUGAUGAUUUUGGAAAAAUGAAAGUUCUGUUUGUUUAUCCAUUGAGAUCUGGGGAGCCUCUCUGUCGAUAUUUCCAAUCCUGGCUACUUCCCUUAGAGAAAAUAAGUCCUUUUUUUCUGGCCUUGCUGAUGGCGACAGAAGAAAGGGCUCCUCCGCGUGGUCCCCUGCCGGUGGGGGUGGGUGCCCAGGGGCCCCCUGCGGCCCGGGCCGCCCUGCCCAUGGCCAGCUUCCUGCUGAUGAACAUGCUGUUUGUAUUGUUUUAGGAAACCAGGCUGUUUUGUGAAUAAAACGAAUGCAUGUUUGUGUCACGAAGCA